AGAGAUGCAGUAGGCUCCCCUGCCGUAACUAGACGUGUUGGCAAGAGACGACGACAAUGUUUUACAAGUCCUUGCGUUACGGUCUAAAGGAAAUCUUCAAUACACUAAUUUACGAAGACUGAUCCAUACCAUCGUACGAGAACGUGGGCUGACAUGUCGCCAUCUGAGAGCUCGUCACCCAUUGGUCGAUAAUUUCCGCGCCUGCGUAAAGCCUCAUCCUGAAUGGAUCUUAGGGAAGUCUUGGAAUGGUAUGACCGGAGCCGUGUGAUGCUUAUAAACCUUUAGUACAAACCAAAAUUCAGCCAACAGACCGGGCACACGUCAUUGAUCAUCACAUAUUAGCCCUUCUUACCCUAACCCAUUUCUGUCAGCGGGGUCAACGGAAGGAGUAGGGGAAAGUGAGCUGCUUAUACACAGACACAGGAACUUGACAAUGCCAGGAUCAUCUUCAGUAGGAGACCAACACUAUGGCUGGCCACAGGAAGUGGGCAUUGUGGCCAUGGAGGUUUACUUUCCAUCACAGUAUGUUGAUCAGACAGAACUAGAACAGUUUGAUGGUGUCUCUGCAGGGAAGUACACCAUUGGACUUGGUCAGUCACGCAUGGGUUUCUGCUCAGACAGAGAGGAUAUCAACAGCUUGUGUCUAACAGUCGUCCAGCGCUUAAUGGAACGAAAUAACAUUUCUUAUAGUGAGGUAGGACUGGAGGUUGGCACAGAAACCCUUAUUGAUAAGUCCAAGAGUGUCAAGACAGUACUAAUGCAGUUAUUUGAAGACAGUGGUAAUACUGACAUGGAGGGUGUGGAUACAACAAAUGCUUGCUUUGGAGGAACUGCGGCUGUCAUGAAUGCUGUCAAUUGGAUUGAAUCCAGUUCUUGGGAUGGUCGGUAUGCAUUGGUUAUUGCUGCAGAUAUUGCAGUCUAUGCUUCGGGCAAUGCACGGUGCACAGGUGGAGCAGGUGCCAUUGGAAUGCUGAUUGGGCCAAAUGCACCACUUAUCUUUGACAGAGGAGUACGGAGCUGUCACAUGCAGCAUGUGUAUGAUUUCUACAAACCAGAUAUGGCUUCAGAAUAUCCUGUAGUGGACGGAAAAUUGUCUAUUCAGUGCUACCUCCAUGCACUGGACAGUUGCUAUAAAGUAUAUUGCAGAAAAGCCAAGCAAGUGAACAUUCUUAAAGGAAAUAGUCUUCUGGAUGCAGCGGAUGCAUUCUUAUUCCACCAACCAUACUACAAACUUGUGAUGAAGUCAUUCGCCCGAAUUCUUCUGAAUGACUUUCUCAGCGACCCUGACCCUGAUUACAAGGGCAGAUAUGCAGGACUUGAAGCUUUCAGGGAUACAAAGCUUGAAGAUACUUACUUUGAUCGAAACAUCGAGUCAGCAGUGUUGGCAGCCAGUAAAAAUCUGUUUGAAAUGAAAACCAAACCUUCAACAGGGUUAGCAGUACAAGUGGGUAACAUGUACACCCCAUCACUUUAUGGAGGACUGGCAUAUUUUGUAGCAAGCAACACCAUAGAGCAGUUAGUAGGCAAACGUGUUGUGCUUUUCUCUUAUGGAUCUGGUCUAGCAUCUGCCAUGUUUUCGCUUCGUGUUACUGAGCACAAAGCCCCUGGCUCUGCUCUAGAACGACUGGUAUUGAGCUUAAACAAUCUCCAGCAACGUUUAGACAGUCGAAUGAAAGUGCCCCCAGACGAAUUUGACAAUUGCAUGAAGCUCAGAGAACAGACUCAUCAUCUAGCACCAUACAACCCUAUAGGCUCCGUAAAUGUUCUGUUUCCUGGCACAUGGUACGUCACUGCAAUUGACAGCAUGCACAGGAGAAAAUAUGAACGCAGGCCUCUUUCACAGUCUUCAUCAUCUACUGGAGACAUUUGUGACAUCAACAUGGCAGAGGUUAAGAGACAGGUACAGCCCACAGAACCUCCCCCCCAAGCAGCAGCAAGCCAGUAACAUUCCUCACUUAAAAAGGGCUUUACAUAUUGACAAGAAUGUUCAGCAGUGUUUCCUCCAUGUCAGUUCUCAUUUAGUGUGAAAUAAAAUAGCUGGCCAGCUA